AUGAUAAAGAUAAAGAAAGUAAGGAGGAACCGAUAUCCAACUUCAUACGAAGUAUACGCUUUAGGUCAACAUAUAUGUACGUCUGCUCACAAAGCACGAAGAAUAAUUGAUCAGAUUCGUGGACCAGCAAAUGCUAGUCACAAUAGGGGUUUCGAUGAAGCGAGUUUAGUCAUUAGUCAAGCCGCAGUAAAUGAGGGAACUACUCUGAAAAGACUAAAACCUCGAGCUAGAGGACGGAGUUAUCUGAUAAAAAGACCCACUUGUCAUAUAACUAUCUACAUAUAG